AUGACGAGUUGGUUCGACAAGGGUCGCCCUGCUCUUCAGGAGGCCCUGGAAAGAAUAUGCAACGAAAUAGAUGCAGACAUAGCGGCUGAUCUGGAGAGCUCCAUCGAUGCGCGGGAACUUGUUCAAUGCCAAUCCCUUUUAAAACAACAGGCUACCAAAAAUGACUCGCUCGAAAAAGAAAACACGGCUCUUCGGUCUGAGCUCGACAAACUUCGACAUCUCAACGCCACUAUAGACAGGUUUCCCCUUGAGCCUCUUCCACCUCCUGGCUCAUCCAUGCCAAACGGAGCACUCGAAUCAUCCGACCCAGAAGUGGCGCAAAAGAUUGAAUAUACCAAACUUGCGCAACGAUUCCGGCUGCUCAACGAGAAUUUUCGCAAAGCCCGCGGUGCUCUUGAACGACGCAAAGCCGAACGUGAUGCAUGGAAGAGACGCUUCGAGACACUGCAGGAACAAGUUCAGGCUGCCGAAGACGAGCAUGGGGUAGAGAUAUCAAGUCGCGCGUCGGCGGCAUUGGCUACCUUGCAACCCGUUGCUGCGUCAUUCGGAAGCAGCUUUUCUAGUACCUCCGACCCUAAAGACGCGGCACCAGAGUCAGAGGAACCGCAACUGCCUCCCAUAGUUCCUAAGUCAUUUACCUCGAGUCGCUCUGUUAGCACCGUGCUGGGACCGCUCGACUCGACGCAGGGCGAAUCCGAAGCAAACGAUUUACCCUCUCUCCCUACUACCGCCGAAGCGCCAUCUGAACCCCUCGUUAAGAGAGAGCCGUCGUCGGAUGGCCCUAUUGUAGUCUCGGAGCGACCAGUCAAGAAACGCAGAAGCGACGAAAGCACCACGGCGACGCGGCUACUCGUCCGUGUGAAGGAGGAGGCGGAACAGGAUUCAAGUCCCGUAAUUGGAGAAUCACGACUAGCUGCCUCUCAAGAGAGCAUUGACCUGGGAAAUAUUACCCAUAUGACGACACCUCGCAAGCCAAGAGAGGCAGACUCGACCCCGAGAAUUCCGCCGAUCCAUAUAACUACACCGGCAGACACAAAUGCAGUCGUGACACCGGUUGCAAGAUACGUCCGACUCGACGUGCCCGUACCUCAGAGCGCGAGAGCUAGUCUCAUGUCAUCUGCUCUUACGCCGAUUAGCGCCAACAGGAGAAUGAAUCGCUCGGGAGGAGACAAGCCUGCCAAACUGUUGCGGAAACGACAGCUUGAUGAAGGCAUUGCGGACAUUGCGGACGAUGGUACCUCGGUUAGAACUGGUCAAGAAAUCACGCCUCUUAAAAAUGUGCAGAGCCGCUACCAGACGCCUGAGAAUCGUCUGGAGCAGCUUCUGCAACAGGGAGAGGUUGAUGACAGUCCAGCACUGUCUCGAUUAACCCGUCAAACUCGAAAAGGUCCUUCUACAAUGACUGCUGAACUCAACAUCCCCGAGCGGCGUGAGCUGCCCUUCGAAAAGCAGGCACGUCAGAGCAGGCCCGUUCUCCCUCCAGCCGCUAUCGCACAACGAUCCCCUCGGUCGCCGCAACGUUCGCCGCAGCGGCCGGCCAGACAAGGCCAGAUUCGCGACAAGCCACCUCGAGAGCUGCGGCUGGACGAUUUUCGAAUCAAUCCCGUAGCCAACGAAGGCCACGACUUUGCCUACUCUGAUGUAGUCAGAGACAAGAAUGAUAGAGCCUGUCUCACAGGAUGCGCGGAGAUGCACUGCUGCGGCAAGCAAUUUCGCGCCUUGGCAAUUUCGCAACGGCCUGAUCUACCAUUGACGGCGGCACAACGCAUGGAAGAGCAAAAAUUGCUAGAGCAGCAUCUUGGCGACUAUGCCUAUCGUUUGGCGAUCAUGGACCCAGAGGAGCGAGCCGAAGCCUGGAUACAGGCAAAGACGCAGGACCUCGCGAAUAAAUACGGAAGACACCGACACCGAUACUCACGUAUGCAGUCGCCUCCUGGAUUUUGGGACGCGGAUUUUCCUUGCACGCAGGAAUUGGAGUUGAACCGGGAGGAGGCAGCAGAGCGAGAGAAGCGGGCGGUCCGGGAGCGGUACAGAGAGGCGAUGAAGCCUGGGGGGCGCUGGCUGUUUAAGGAUGAGUAG